AUAAAAUUAAAAACCACUUCCUCCUUAGAAGAGAAGCCCUCCCCAUUGCUUCCUCUUCGUAGUUUCACUCUCUCAACAAGUUUAAAUCACUCGUUCUUUAUAUUUUCAAGCUUUGAAUCCAAUGUACUGAACUGGGUUCGUUCCACAUUCUUUCUUUAACGGUUCCCUUAUUGAGAUUGAUAGAAAAAUUUGGAAGUUGAUAUCUUCCCAUUAGCGUUUUUAAGGAUGGUUGCUUCAAGAUUGGGCCAAUGGUUAAGUCUUCUAGUUUGUGGACUGAUAAUCCUGAAAACAGAAGGCUAUGAUGUGGAAAUCACCUAUGUUGAGAGUGCCGUAGCAAAAGGAGCUGUUUGUUUGGAUGGGAGCGCGCCUGCUUACCAUUUCAGUCCGGGGUUUGGUGCUGGGGUAAACAAUUGGUUGGUGCAUAUUGAGGGAGGUGGUUGGUGCAACAAUGCCACAACUUGUCUUUCCCGUAAAAGUACCCGUUUAGGUUCAUCUAAGCAAAUGGUCAAGAAAGUUGCCUUUUCGGGAAUGCUGAGCAACAAGAAGCAGUUUAACCCAGACUUUUACGACUGGAAUAAAAUCAAGGUUAGAUAUUGUGAUGGUGCAUCAUUUACUGGCGAUGUGGAAGCUGUAAAUCCUGCAACUAAGCUUCACUACAGAGGAGCCAGGGUUUUUCUUGCCAUCGUGGAGGAUCUAAUGGCUAAAGGAAUGAAAAAUGCUAAAAAUGCUGUUCUGUCAGGCUGUUCAGCGGGGGGAUUGACUUCGAUUUUGCAUUGUGAUAAAUUCCGAGGUCUCUUUCCCAUGAGCACCAAAGUAAAAUGCUUUGCGGAUGCUGGUUAUUUUAUCAAUGUGAAGGAUGUUUCUGGAGCAAAUCACAUUGAAAAGUUUUACAGUGAAGUGGUCGCAACACAUGGAUCAGCUAAGAAUUUGCCAGCAUACUGCACUUCGAAAUUGAAACCAGAAUUGUGUUUCUUCCCACAACACAUGGCGCGGGAAAUAGCGACACCAAUAUUUAUUGUAAAUGCAGCCUAUGAUUCAUGGCAGAUAAAGAACAUUUUGGCACCUGGUGUUGCUGACCCCCACGGAACUUGGCACAGCUGCAAGCUCGAUAUAAACAAUUGUUCACCUACUCAACUGCAAACAAUGCAAGAUUUCAGGAAGCAAUUCUUAAUUGCGUUGACUGGCCUUGGCAACUCUUCAACUAAAGGAAUGUUUAUAGACUCUUGCUAUGCUCACUGCCAAACUGAAAUGCAGGAGACAUGGUUAAGGAAGGACUCUCCGGUGCUGGAAAAUAUAUCGAUUGCAAAGGCUGUGGGAGACUGGUUUUAUGAUCGCAGUCCUUUCCAUAAGGUUGAUUGCCCUUACCCUUGCAACCCGACUUGCCACAACCGUAUUUUCGAUCCUAAAUCCGUACAUCAACUAGAGAUAGAUAUAUAAAUUUGUGUCAAGGCACACAAAAGUUUAUGAUUCCAGAAAUGAUUAUUGAAAUUGUAAGCUAGAAUAAGAAACAGACUGCAUGAUUGAUCAAGUGUAUGAAAUAAACUACAAAGACAACCAGUACACUCAAAUCUGUGUGCUGUGUGUCUUCCCUCAUUUUUAUGUAAUUUAUUAAUGUUAUCUCAAUGCAAUCCAUUGCUUCACCUUCA